AUGAAAAAUCAAAUACUUGAACUUCGUACAACUUUAAAUUCACUUUCUCAACCACUUGAUGAACAAUAUAUUCAAUUAAAAAAUGAUCUAGAUAAAUGGCAUUCAAAUAUGUUUCAACGUAUUCAAGAUAUGUAUUUAAAUACAUUAAUUGAAUUAGAUACAUCCUAUGAACGAUUAGAUACAUUUCGACAAACACUCUAUGUUUUACUUGAUGAUGAACGAUUAACAGUUCCUAUGACAUCAUCUGAUAUAAAUAAUUAUUCAUCACGAUUAUCUUGGCUUGAAAAUGAAAUUGAUUCUAUAUCAAAUUUAUUUUUUCAUAUUAAUUGUCAACAAGUUAAAUUAAAUCAUCGACCAUAUCUUAUUCAUUCAAAUUCAUCAACAAUAAUACCAUGUCGAAUAUUAAUUAAACGUGAAUAUAUUAAUCAAUUACCUGAUUCAAUUAAUAAUACACUAUAUACAUUAUUAACUCAUCCAUCAUCACCAGAAGCUAUACUUAUAACAACGAAUGUUCAACAAUUAACAAUAAUUAUUGAACAAAUCUUAUCUCAAACAAAUGAAUUACGUAUAUUAAUUCAUGAAUGUUAUGCACCGUUUAUUAUUGGACAAUUAGGUAGUCGAGCUAAAAUGCUUAAAGAUAAAUAUGGAUUAACUAAUGUUAAAGUUUAUCCAACAUGUGCACCAUUAUCAACUGAACGUAUACUUUUAUUAACAGGAACAAAAUCUGAACAAAUUAUUGAAUGUUUAACUGAAAUUUAUUUAAAUAUGUGUCAAACUCCAUUAAUUGAUCAUAAUCAACAAGCAACAUUUCUUUAUUCACCUGAAUUUUAUGAUGUUACAUUAGCUGAUGAUUAUGGAGGAUAUGUUGAUCGGCAAUUACAAUUAUCUAUACAACGAUCAAUAUUACCAACAACAGCAAAUAUGAAUAAUUUAAAUGAUGAAGAAGAUAUAAGUGGUUAUGAAGAUGAAGAUGUUGAAGAUUUUGAUAAUGAAACAAAUAAUUAUCAAUCAGAAACAGCAGUUGAACCAUUACGUGAAAGACAUUGGACAUUGUCUGAUGCACAAGCAGGAGCUUUAUUUGGACCUAAUUCAUCACGUUUACAUCAAAUUCGAAGUGAAUCAAAUGCUUGGAUUGUUAUCUAUGAAGCUGAAGGAAAAAGUACAAGAAGACCAAUGUCUAUUCGAGGAACAAAAGCAGAAAUAGAACAUGCAACUAAAUUAAUUUUAGAAACUAUCAAACGUCAUGAUAGAAAAUUACCAUUACGACAUAAUCAUAAACGUGGAAAAUAA